CAAAGCUCAAAUGCUGCCGCGUUUUUAAAUGUUAAGUGUUUUUGUGAUUAUCCGUGAGUUCGUGAGGCAUCCGGUAUUUUACGUCAAUUUAGUGGUUAAAUAAAUUAUAUUAAACGUAGAUGAGGCAAAUUACAUAACAUCUUAUUUCAUCUCUACAUGCAAAGUUUAUUGACUCAAUUAUUUUAAGACAUUUCAUUCAAUUGAUCAACCCAAACAACCAAUAUAGGAAAAUAAAGGCAAAAAAGGGGAAAAUGCGUUGGAAAAUAGAGGGGAAAUAAUGGGGGAACGCGCCAAAAUGUCUGCUUUUCUUCCUAUCCGGGGGAAAUAAUACCAAUGAAGCGUCCCCUUAAAGUUCAGCAGCCCGCUGAUAAUGAGGAAGACGACUCAGAAAGCUUUAAAAAAGUUAGGCGUGUAGUCUGCAAAGGUAAAGCACCAGUCGACGUUGAAUGUGUUGCUAAAGUCAAUUCAGCUUAUGUUUAUUAUGAAGGCGAUGAUAUUUACGAUGCCAUGCUAAAUCAGACUAAUGUUCAAAAUAAUAACAAUAAAUACUACAUUAUACAGCUUUUAAAAGAUGAAAGUAUAAACAAUUACUCAGUCUGGUUUCGUUGGGGUCGAGUUGGGAAAUCUGGCCAAAAUAAACUUGAAAAUUUUGGUGGUAAUUUACAAGCUGCUAAGAGUUGUUUUGAAAAAAAGUUUCUAGACAAAACACUAAAUCAGUGGGGAGAAAGAAGGAAUUUCAUAAAACACAAUGGAAAGUAUGAUAUGGUCGAAAUUGAUUAUGGUGUACAAGAUGAAAACGCAACUGCAAAGAAAAAGAAGGUUAAAGAAGUUAAAUCACGACUUCCUGUUGCCGUGCAGGUACUUAUGAAAUUAAUAUGUGACUUUAGUAACAUGGAACAAGUUAUGACUGAACUAAAAUAUGAUUCACGCCGAGCUCCUCUAGGAAAGCUUAGUAAAUCACAAAUUUGUGCAGGUUAUACAGCAUUGGAUAACAUAUCCCAAAUGAUUGGUGCUUUGUCAGCUUUAAGUCAAGCGUGUAAUACUGAAACAGAAACUAAGCCAAGGGGCAGAGUAAAACGUAUCGUCAAAACAAAUGUGGGUGAUAAACGUAAACUUGAAGAACAAUUACUGUUGGCCUGUAAUGAUUUCUAUACACGGAUACCUCACGAUUUUGGUAUGCGUAUACCACCGGUUAUUCGUACAAUGCCUGAAGUCAAAUCAAAAAUUGAACUACUAGAAGCCUUAUCCGAUAUUGAAUUUGCUGUAAAUAUUUUGAAGAAUAAUCAAUCAUCUACUGAAAAUAUUAUUGAUGUAAAUUAUAAACGACUGAAUUGUGACAUUAAACCUCUGCGAUCAACUGAUCCAAUGUAUUCGUUGUUAACCGAUUACAUGCACGAAACACAUGGAGUUACACAUAAUUGGUAUACAUUGGAAAUAUUAGAUAUAUUCGAAUGUCAAAAAUCUGCAGAACAAGGAGAAUUCAAAGAUUACGGAAAUAGGAUGCUUCUUUGGCAUGGAAGUCGUUUAACUAAUUGGGUUGGCAUUUUAGGCAGAGGUUUACAAAUUGCUCCGCCUGAAGCUCCAUCUUCUGGUUAUAUGUUUGGAAAAGGUGUAUAUUUUGCUGAUUGUUCAUCGAAAUCAGCCAAUUAUGUUUAUCCAACACAAGCUAACAAUGUUGGACUCAUGAUUGUUUGUGAGGUAAAUUAUAUAUAUACUGCUGAGUAUUUGCAAACUAAAACGGAAAAGUUCACAAAUAAUUUCCUGAUUUUCAUUAAUUCCACAACAUAUAACUAAAACUAUCAUCUUAGACUUCUAGUCGCCUUGAGCAACAAGGUCUCAUUAGGUAAACAAAGAGAAUUAUAUCAAUCAUGUUCUAAUGCUCAUGAAAAUCUCGCUGAUUAUCAUAGUGUAAAAGGUGUUGGUAAAUGGCGAACAGAUUCUGCAACAUGGAAAACUUUAAAUGAUGGUGUUAUAGUACCAUGUGGAAAAUUAAUUCAAGCACCUGAAAUUGAAGCAAAUAAAUGUAUUUUACAAUUUAAUGAAUAUAUUGUCUAUUGUGUAAAUCAAAUACGUUUACGAUAUUUACUGAAGGUGAAAUUUAAUUUUGUUCAUUAAAAUAUCUUUGUCAGUAUUGUCCUAUUUGGUUGUUGUUAUUUUUCCCUAAUUUUUUUUCUUUUUACAUACAAAUUUUAUUGACUGUAACGAUCCCUUUUAGUAACUCUGAUGUUUUCGUUUUUUAUAUAUGAUAAGAUUACUGAAAUGUUUUUAUUAUUAUUUUGUAUAAUAAAAUUUAUAUACAUAUAA